AUGAAUUUCCAAACAAUAUUAGUAGAAUGGCUUUGCCAUUUAUCACAAGAUAGCCCAAUUGAACUCGAAAAGUGCCAGAAUUCAAUUAAGUUUACUUGCCAAAAUCUCUUGAAUGAAGAGAUUCCAAGUAACAUAAAAGAGCUAUGCAAUAAAAUUUUAAUCAUAGUCAAUCAAACUCUGGCUGACGAAGUCAGCAAAUUGUACUUAAUCAACUAUAUUGCAGGAAUACUGGAUUUUUAUUUUAUAAAUUCCUUUCCUGGCAAGACAAUUAAAAUGAUGACGUUGACAGAAAAGAGACUCUGAGCUGUAUCAUAUGAUGGAACAGGUAGAUCGGUGCUAUGGGUUGCGAAAAUUUCUCUAGUUAACGAAGUAAAUCAUCUCAAAGGAAACUUGUCAAGCAAGCGAGUUUUGACUUUUACUCGAAAGUUUUCUUGUCCCUGCCAGAUGGGUGCCUACAAUACUGCCUUUCCUUAUCAGAGCCAUUAGGCCACCUUCUGAUGGUAGCUCUGUCCUAUUUAGCUAAUACCUUGGAUAGGCGACUUAGAAUAGAAACCCAGAAUUACAGACUUCCAUCUUCCUCAUUCGCACUCAGAGGCUAUUAGGACUGACUUUUUUUAAGCCAAGAAAAGGCGAUAGUCAGUAGUUAUCACUAUAACUGAAACUUAACCUUAAGCUUAAUAUUUUCCUGACAUGGUCACUCAAUUUGAAGAAUUUUUGAAAGAAAGCUUAAAUGGCACGGUUAAGCAAAACCAGAAACAGAUUGAGAGAGCCCCAAUCAAAUCAUUUAAAUUCCAAAGGAUUUCGCAGGACUAUUUAAGUAAUUCUUCAAAUGAAAAAUGCUCAGGGAUAAGAGAAAUCAACCUCGAUCAAAAUUCGUUUUUUACCAUAAUAAGGCUCACGCCUUCCUACAACAGAGCUAAUGAAAAUUUAAAAGAGUUUUAUUCUUUUAAAUUUGACAAUGAAUGGCCGAUUAGGGCAGGAAAAGAAAUUUCUGGUUUUAACGUUCACAUCCCUAUAAGUUCCUCCAGCCAAAUUGUGUUUGAGAAGUUAAAAAAUCACGUUUUUGUGCACGAAACAGCUACAAAUUGCCCUGAGCUUAAAAUCCGUGUCCAACAAUCAGUUCUUACAGUAGGGCAAAUUUAUAUGUUUGGGAGGACCAAAAUGAAGAUAAGAGACAUAGAUUAUAUAGGCAAUGUACAGCUAGAGUUUGAGUCAGAAAACGAAGCUCCCAGAUAUGAAGAAAUUGACGCACUUGAAAAAAAGCCGAGGACAGUCGGAAGAUCGAGAGGAAACAGCUUUCGAUUUCCAUUCGACUUCAAGAUGUCCAAGAAGCACGCAGAAAUAUACAAAGAAGGCAAAAUGUGAAUAAUUAAAGACAAAAGCUCGAGGAACGGGAUACUUAAGUAUCUUCACACAGAAGAUUCAACAUCUCGCGACUCUUUGAAGGCAGAAGUUACAGAUAAUCUGCUGUUUGAUUACUGUGAUAUGUCUUUCAGAUGUAAAUUAAAAAUUUAG